GAUGAAAGUGAUUCAAAAUCCAACUUAAUAUUUCUUUGAAUAAUCUAAUAAUCCAUCUAAUGAAUAUCUAGAUAAGAUUAAUACUUUCAUUGGAAAAUUAAUAAAUCAAAAAUCAUGUUUAUUAUGCAAAUAAGACUAUAACAUCAAAGAUAGAUUACCUAGAAUACUCAUUCAUUGUGGACAUACUAUUUGCACAUAAUGUCUAAGCAAUUUCUAUAAGUUUAUUUUAUAAUAUUAAUGAGUCUUAGAAACAGAAGAGUUCGAUGUCCACUUUGUUUGAAAUUAGUAAAACAUCUUGAUUCAAUUGAUAGAUUACCUGUAUCAAUCUUAUAUUAAAUUUAGAUAAAUCACACUAUAUUUUCCAAAAUGGCUGAAGAGAUAAAUAAAAAGAGCAGAUUUCAUGGAGGUACUGAUGUGAUAGAUCCAUAAUAAUAUUUAUUCACAUAAUUUCAAUAAUCUGCAAUCUAAGCAUAGAAAAUAAGACAACAACAAUAAAAUCAAUAUCCUUAGAUUGAUCCUGAUUCAGGACUUGAAUAUUGUGAAUUUCAUAAUGAUAGAGUAAAACAUUUCUUUUGUAUGAAACAUAAAGUUACCUGUUGUAGAGCAUGUUCUGAAAUGAUUCAUUAAAAUAAAGUAAUCAUUAUUAUAAUCUUUAAGGAUUGUAUUGUUGUUGAUCUUUAUGAAAUUGAGGAUGUUCCAGCAUUUUUAAAUGAAGCUUAUAAAUUAAAUCAAGAAAACAAUAGUUAAAAUCAAAAUAUUUAAUUUUUACAAGGUAUUCUUUUCUUUUAAUUAGAUGAUGAUAAUAAUUUUAAUGAUGAUGAUUUAGAAGGUGAGUUUGCUCAAAAUGAAAGUCUAUAAAGCUUAUGAUA